CUCGGCGGCUCAGUCUCCUCCCGAGCCCAGCCCCGGCUGGCGGCAACGGCGGCCAGCACGAGCCGGAGCCCCGGCCUCAGAGCGGCGAGGCGGAGGGCCGGAGGAGGCGGCGGACCGGAGCGGCGGGCCGCGGUCCUGCCCCGGGCGAGCGCUCAUCCGCCUGUCAGAGCCCGCAUAAAUGAUGAAAAUUUCCUGUGACGCAUAAGAAUCACUGAUUGUGAAAGUGCCCAUAUAAGCACUGUUAACUCUAAACUCAGAGAAACUAUGAAAGAACCAUCUGGUUGACUCUAAUUGAAGACCACCACAUCCACCAGAAGACCCAGAAUGGAUCUGCACCAAAGCACCACCAUCACUUUUCUGGAGAAAUGGUGUUCAGAGGAGACACUGUCCAGCUGCAGGAGGCAUUAUAAUGUCAAGAAAAAACUGAAGAUUGUUCGAAUCUUAGGCCUUUUCAUGGGCCUGGUAGCCAUUAGCACUGUCUCAUUUUCAAUCAGUGCCUUUUCUGAGACAGACACACAGAGCACAGAAGAGGCCAGUGUUGUAAGUGGCCCUAGGGUAGCACAGGGUUACCGUCAAAGAACUCUCUUAGAUUUCAACGACAAGAUUCGGGAUUACACUCCACAGCCACCUCUUCCUAAGGAAGGCAAAUCUGAGAAUGGUACAGACCAUGCCCAAGGAGACUACCCUAAAGACAUCUUUUCCCUUGAGGAGAGAAGAAAAGGUGCCGUUGUCCUCCAUGUCAUUGGGAUGAUCUACAUGUUCAUAGCCUUAGCCAUCGUCUGUGAUGAGUUCUUUGUCCCUUCUUUGACUGUUAUCACUGAGAAACUGGGCAUCUCUGAUGAUGUGGCUGGAGCCACCUUUAUGGCUGCAGGGGGAUCAGCCCCAGAGCUUUUCACAUCUCUCAUAGGGGUAUUUAUUGCUCACAGCAACGUUGGCAUAGGCACGAUCGUAGGUUCAGCAGUAUUCAACAUCCUCUUUGUGAUUGGCAUGUGUGCUCUGUUUUCUAGAGAAAUCCUAAACCUGACAUGGUGGCCGCUCUUUCGGGAUGUGUCCUUCUACAUCGUUGAUUUGAUCAUGCUGAUCAUAUUUUUCCUGGAUAAUUUUAUCAUGUGGUGGGAAAGCCUGCUGCUCUUAACAGCUUACUUUUGCUAUGUGGUUUUCAUGAAAUUCAACGUCCAGGUAGAAAGAUGGGUGAAGCAAAUGAUAAAUCGCAAUAAAGUCGUCAAGGUGACAGCACCAGAGGCCCAAGCAAAGUCAUCUGCAGCCAGAGACAAGGAUGAACCAGCUCUCCCGGCUAAGCCACGUCUUCAGCGGGGUGGAAGUUCCGCUUCCCUGCACAACAGCCUCAUGAGGAACAGCAUCUUCCAGCUCAUGAUAUACACCCUUGACCCGCUGGCUGAAGAACUUGGAUCAUAUGGAAAACUAAAAUAUUAUGACACAAUGACUGAAGAAGGGAGGUUCAGAGAAAAGGCUUCAAUUCUCCACAAGAUCGCCAAGAAGAAAUGCCAGGUGGAUGAGAACGAGAGGCAGAAUGGGGCUGCCAAUCACGUGGAAAAAAUCGAACUUCCAAACAGCACCAGCACAGAAGUCGAAAUGACACCAACCAGUGAUGCUUCAGAACCCGUCCAAAAUGGAAAUCUCUCCCACAGCAUUGAAGCUGCAGAAGCCCAGACCACAGAGACAACUGAUGACGAGGACGACCAGCCUCUCAGCCUGGCCUGGCCUUCCGACAGCCGCAAGCAAGUCACAUUUCUGAUUGUUUUGCCUAUAGUAUUUCCUCUCUGGAUCACCUUACCAGAUGUUCGCAAACCUUCAUCAAGGAAGUUUUUCCCCAUCACGUUCUUUGGCUCCAUCACCUGGAUUGCAAUAUUCUCUUACUUGAUGGUCUGGUGGGCGCACCAGGUUGGAGAGACGAUCGGCAUCAGUGAGGAGAUUAUGGGUCUGACCAUCUUGGCUGCUGGGACCUCCAUCCCUGAUCUUAUCACCAGCGUCAUAGUGGCUCGGAAGGGACUAGGGGACAUGGCUGUGUCCAGCUCUGUUGGAAGCAACAUUUUUGACAUCACUGUAGGGCUCCCGCUGCCCUGGCUGCUGUACACGGUCAUCCGCAGAUUCCAGCCGGUGGCUGUCAGCAGCAACGGCCUCUUCUGCGCCAUCGUGCUCCUCUUCAUCAUGCUGCUCUUCGUCAUCCUCUCCAUUGCCCUCUGCAAGUGGCGGAUGAACAAAGUGCUGGGGUUCAUCAUGUUCGGCCUCUACUUUGUGUUCCUGGUGGUCAGCGUCCUCCUGGAAGACAGAAUCCUCAUGUGCCCUGUCUCCAUCUAGAAGGAAAAGCCAUAUCUUAAACCAACAGCAGGGAUGGUCCCUCCAUACUCUGGGCUCUGGGCUCCUUGACCACUUGAGAAGAGGCAGCUGACACACAGCCCUGGGUACCAGCAUCCCUCCUUGGCCAAUUGAAGGAGGGAUGGGUUCACGCUGGGCCCAUUUUCUUCACAGGCUGCUUCCACCCUGGCCUACGGAGAUGACUGUGUGUAGAGACAAAGAGAACCACCACCAUGGGGCUUCUCCCCAUCACCACUGACAGGUACUCCUCGCUGGUCGGAGGUACAUUCAUUGCAAUGAUGUAACAGGGACGGAGGCGCUCCAUAUACAUAUAAAAUAUACAUAUUAUAAAUACACGCACAUGAACACACAAACCCUGCCUGUUCCUGUACUAUACCUGUCCUUCCUUACUAUAGAUUGAUAUAUACCUGUAUAUAAACACAAAGAAAGAAAAACUAUGUAUGUAACUAUAUAUACAUAUAUGUAAGUAUAAAUGCAUCUUUUCAGGGAUAGCUCUAGUAUAUUUAUAGUACCUAUUUGAAGUGGGGCAUCAACCUUCAGUCUGGGCUUUACCUCAUGAGUGCAGGAGGUGAACGAAUAGAAUCAGUAGACGAAGGUAGAGCUGCUGUGACCUUCAACCUACCUUGGACUUACUGAGCUCCUGCCUGGUAAGGUGAAUAGUUUAGAGAAAUAAUUUGCAGGGAGGACGGCUUGGUGAGAAGGGUCUUUAGAGGCUCUGAGUUGAGCCUUCCAAAACAUUCCCGAAGCCAAACAGGGAAGAUUAUCUGUCCACCCAUACUGGGGUACACUGGCUGAAACUCACAGGGUUACUUAGGACAAACAGAGCUAAAACCCAGGCUAGGUGGACAUCAGUUUGGGGGUGAGGGGAAGUAACCAGGGUUGGGGUUUUUGGUUUGGUUUGGUUUCAUAUUGUCCCAGCAUGCAAGUAUAAAAUAUGACUAUAAACCAAAUUAGUGCUUUUCUAGGACAGCAAGACUGUAUAAACUGAACCUAUAUUUUUUUCAACGCAUGUCCCAUUAUCAUCGAAAGAAGGGGGGUGAGUUUGGCUGUGACUGUCGUUUAGGCAUAUUUUGAUACCAAGAACAUGCAUACAGUCAAAAUGCCUGCCAGCAGAGCCUCGAUGUAGGAUAAGAAAUACCACCCAUCAGAGGCGCUCAGAGGGACUUGCCACCUCCUGGGACUGUAAGGGCAUAUAGUUCUUUAAAACAUUUUCCAGGGUGGUCAUAAAGGGCUUUAGUGUCUGUAGAAAUCAUUAUUCCCAAUAGAACUGUGUUAACUCUGACCAAUCCUGCUUAGAUGGAGGCAGUUCUGAGAAGUUUGGAAAGGUGUUGGCACACUCAGCACACCCUGGGUCCUAUGUCAGGUCAUGCCGGGACAAGGAUUUGGUGAAAGCCCAUUUAACACCGUGUCUCUUCUUCCAUGGAGACCCCACCUGGGACUCUGGGUGAAGCACACUACCGACAGUCCUCCACAGCUUCUUUACACUGGUCUCAAGCCAGUCACUUUAAUGUUAUUUCCUGAUUUUGCUCAGCAUGAUAUGGGAUAUUUUCACUUCAUUUAUUUGGUGCCCCCACAUUCUGUUUGACACUUUAGAUGAUCUCAGGUCUAUGUCUGUAGAAAAUAAAACCAGCAGGGAGGGGAAAACUGGCAAACGAAAUUGAUAAAAAAUGAUGGCAAGCACUCUCCGUUUCCCCAAGUCAUGUUUCCUUAAAACCAAUUUAAAAAGUGAAUGGAGGAAGAGCCCUUUUUCUGUACCCAUCUUAUGUCCAAGCUGGCACACAAUGUGGGGAACUUCACCAUACGUGUUCCUCCCUGCAGUCUAUUCCGUCAUUGGCACCUGCUGUGAUCACAUAUGUCUCAGUAUAGGGAGACAGGAAGCCAAACUCCCAGCUGACUGAGAGGAAAGGGAACCUGAGCUCCAGCUCAGUAUUCCUCCCACAAAACCUCAGCUCCCUCCACAGAGCAUAGCAAUAAUAGGCAGUGUCCAGCACUGUUCUUCACCCAUAAGCAGAAAGCACUUCCAAGUGGAGGCCCCCCAGGAAAACAAGCAAGUAAGCUGGCUGCUGCCUAGAAGGCCAGCUGUCACAUCUCCCUAACUUGCAACGCUGGGUUUUCAGAUACGUAAAAGAAACCUGCAUACCAUUCAUCAAGGGCAAGACUUUGUAAGGAAGCAAGAAUUUGUACUGGUUCCUUACAGUGAAAGAAAAGGAAAAAGUGAACUUUUAGUUUAAAAACUCUUGUUAUUUUCCUUGUGUGUUGCUUGAAGAGGAGCAAAGUUGGUUAUUGUGUGAGUUCUGUAACACUGACUGGCUUGUUGUUUGAAAGGAGAUUUCGAUAGAUGACUUUGACUCAACUGCAAGUAGACUGUGUAAAAUGAUCCGAGUUGAGGGAGGUGUGGUGCUACCUGCUUCUUAUUCCAACACUUCCUGGUCCUCCCCUGCUCCUCCACCCUCCCAUUCAUUCCCAGCUCCCAGGGAAGACUAAUCCAAGCAGCAAGUGGAGCUCCUACUUGCCCGGGAGCUCCACUUCCUAGGGAGUGUUGUGGUCCUUAAUGAAAAGUUGAUUUGGGGAAGGCGACACUUCCAAGCCCAGUUCUCCCCUCAAUGAUGUGCACUGAGCAUAAACUAUAGCAACCUGUUCCCUCGCUGAAUGGGAUGGCAUCUUCCACCACUCGCCCUUGCUUUCCCUUCAUUUAUGUGUCUAUGAGUAUGUGGUUAUGUGUUGGGCUAGGGUGGAUUCAGAGAGAAGUGUGCAAAAUGCAACAACGGCUCUUAAGAGCAUUCAAAUCAUGCACAUAAUCAUAAGAAAGAACUUUCCACAUCAUAGGUUCCAGAGUAGGUCAUUUCUAACCCCUUUCCUGCAUGCAUGUGUAUAUACAUAUAUAAAUAUAAGUAAAUAUAUAUAUAUAUCUUUAUACCAGAUCUAUAUGUACACAUAUAAUAUGACUUACAUCAUCAUCCUCUGGCCCAACCACAUUUAGGUUUCAAAAGCAACAGCAUCAAGUUGGACAAAAUCAAGGAAAAGGAAAGUCGUAUACAAAAGGGAACGGUUCUUCCUGAUCAUAAGGUUGUUCGUUUCUGUGCACACUCACAUACAUGCAGACAUACACAUAUACACCCAGAUUUUCCCUCCCUAAGAAUAUAGAUUUAUAGCCUUAAGGAAAUGGCCAGCCAUAUCCCUAAUGCUGAUGUAGAGGCAAAGAAUACACAACAGAAAAUAUAUUUUGAGAAAUUUAGACUACAGGUACUCUCUUUGCUUCCUUGGAGCAGGGUAUAAAAUAAUGUCAAAAAUUCCAGAGCCAACAUUUCACUACUCAGUCUAAAAUAAAUGAGUUAUACCCAGAACUGUUUGCCCACAGCAAACCAAGCAGGUCUUGCUUGCUGUCACCUUGUCUUCCUAGGGAGCUCCCGGAGAGCAGAGCAACCUGGCUCAAACUACAGUUCCCAAGCAGAUACUUGUGAGUUGCAUGUGAGACUGUCCAGCUGCCCUCUGAACCUGACCAGUUCCUGAAGCGCUGAAGCUGGAGAUAAGACAUGCUUCCCAGGACCUAAACUGAGGCAGGCAGUGGGAGACUAGGGAAGGGGUGGGGUUGUUUAUCCAUUUGGCAGAUGCAGUAGAAUUUCCUAAAGCCUUGCCCAGAAGAUUAUAAAAAGAGACAGGGACUGUUUCAUAUUCAGGGAAAAUGCUUUGUAAGGCUUCUAACAGGUGUCACCUGACAUGGGGCAUUAUAGUUUAUUUCAGAGAAGGCAUGAAUCAGGUGGUUUGGAGCCCUUUCAGCAAAACACAGCUGCCUCACUGAUUAGACAUUUGAUAAUGUACAUCCAUUCCUGGGCAGGGAGAGAGUUGGCAAACUCCCCACCAUUGCUCUGAGCUCUCCAACACCUCUGUAACAGUGAGAUAGGAGAUGAGCUAUACGUGGAAGGUCCCUACUCCCAGACCACCUUAGAAAGUUGACCAAGAAAAUGACAGCUGAUAGAGCUGCUAGCCCCCACAAAGUGUUACGAACAAGACGGAACAUGGGGUAAAUGCUCUGCAGAAAUUACUGCACUGGACUAUCUGCAUGGAUCUGAUGGCCUGCCCGCAUACAAGCUUUGCAGAAAACGCCAGUGUGCUGUCCUCCCCCCACCUGCCCACACACAGAAGGCUGUGAUGCUGUGCUUCCUGGCACCUGAGCAGGUUGCUACUCCAGUAAGUAAGUGGCUACAUUAUGGGUGGCAGUUCUGUUCCAGAAGAGAUUAAUAGAAGCUGUUCUCAGGAUGAUUUCUGGAUAAAUCAACUGUCUCCUGGAAGCAGGUGUAGAAGCUAAUGCUUAUUCUUACUAAGCCAGAUCUUCCCUAACCACCUGGCUUAAUGUUUUCAAAAGAUACAUACUAAGUCCUUCAACAACAUUGUCCAAUUAGUAGGGAAGGCCUUAUCAUUAAGAGAGAUUUAAUCAAAUAAAUAGAAGAAUAAGGAAAGAGAAGGAAAGAGAAAUCAAUUCACUUUUACUAGGAUUCCCAAGAAAGUAAGUGUUACAAUGAAAUAUAUCCCUAUGUAGUUUUAAAUGGUUAUAAAUAUCAAACUAUUUUUAACCAAUUACAAGAACCCAUACAUAGUCCUAAGAUGUUAAAAACAAAACCCUUUUGAAAAAGGCCUUGGGAAAGAAAGGUAACCAUGCCCUGCUCUGCCGUCUGUAUUUGUUUAGCUCCCUGCCUCCGUGUCUGUGUUUCUUGUUGAAUCUCAAAGCUUCAUAUUUUUGAAAUAUAUAGCAAACAAGAAAAGCAAUAAAGGAAAUAUAGCCAGCUUCAUUCCAUUACUUAUUUUUACACCAUCACAAUAUCUUUUUCACUUCACUGAGAACUUUGAGCCUGCACAGGCUAUGGCACGAAAUCACCAGGUGCAGGUAGACAUCCGUAAAACUCACAGGCACACACAUGUUUGCUACGGAAGGGAUGCGUUUUCCACAUAGACACCCCUAACCAAUGUGCACACAGCCAUCAGACAUGCCUUCCUCACACGGGGGGAUGAGCCUUGUUCAGAAUCAGCCUAGUCCACAGGGGUCCUUAAUCUGGCCAUUGACAGUUUUCAUUUAAAAGAGAGAGACGAAGCCACGACAACUUAGUCCACAAGUCAGCCAGUUUUUGAGACAUUAUGAUGGGACAGAUAAGUAUGUUCAGAUUAGCGAAGAAAUUGUGAGGGUCUAUGUGGAGCACCAUACUAUUUAAGGCAGCGGUUCUCAACCUGUGGGUCACGACCCACAGGAAUUGUAUUAAAGGGUUGCGGCAUUAGGAAGGUUGAGAACCACUCAUGUAAGCCAAAGCACUUUUACUAAAUGAUUGACAGACUGGAAAACCUAACGGAAUUUGUUUAAAAACAAAUAAAUACUGAAAUCAGAAAGAAUGCCAUGGAGUUUGCACAGGCUUCCAUCAAAGAUUUAAUUCCAUUAAGGGAAUUUGUCCAGCCUGUCACCCUAAUGAAAUGGACAACCUUCUUGUAAGAAAGAGAUUCCCAACAUAGAUAUUUCUGGCAUAACCAAGUUCAAUGUUUAACAACCAUCAGCAUCAAAAAAGUCUCUCUCCAGACUAAACCAAGAGCCCCCAGGAGGUGGCUUAACAUAUUUUUUUCCUUUUUGGCAGAAAAUGACUACAUCUGGGCACUCUUCACUCUUAACCCCUGACACAGUAGCAAAUCACUACUAUGUGAUCUUUUACCUAUUUUCAUCAAAAGUCUCUUUUUAUUUUUACUUCUGAGUUUUUUACUUUAACCCUUUUAAUAAUUUUUAUAGUUCCUCUCUAGUAAGCCUUUUAAGAUGCUUUAUAUGUUCUUAAAUGACGGAACCUUAUGGCUAUUCGUGACACAAGUAUAUCUCAACAGUGCUGACUUACAGCCUCAACCCUCAUGUUUCACUCCCUUUUUCUGCCCCUCUCUGUUGCCUUUCCCUCUUAAAAAAUCAUGCUACCUUGCUGAUUCACAUUUACUUUGUGUCCAGUUUGGCCCCUGCAUUUUUCCUCCAAGACAUUCAGAGGAAGCCAGUGAGUUUCUCAGCUCACCCCAGAGCAUUUCUAUAGGUGCAAUGUCUCACCUCUCUCCACUUGGCCUUAGUGAGCCUCAGUCUGUUCAUUUCUAAUCCCACUUUGAGUUUUCACAUCCAGAUUGGACCCAAUACUUACUCCCUUGCAAGAUACUCAACACCAACCUCUCCAGUUUACUUGGCAAACUUAAUGAGUUUCCUCCAAUUCCUCAUUAAUGCAAAUAUUCAAAAAUGCUAGACCCCUGCCUCUAACAAUUUGUGUUUUAUGUAAUUGACUACUUCUUGGAGGGAAUCCCUCCUAAUUACUACUAAGAUAUGGAUAGAAUUCACAACCACAAGAGAAUAAAGUAGAAGAAAUAUCUUAGGAGCAAACAGGCGUUAAUGAAAGUGGUUUGCAGCAGCAUCAGGAGGCCCUGGUGAUCCCAAGCUCACAGAACAUUUUCAAGUUCAUAGUCCCACACCAACACAGCACUCAGAAGGGAAGAGAUGCCACCUUAGAUCAUUCCAAAAUGCUGGGCCUGUGCACACCUGCACUGAUUUACCAAGAGGAAUUAGUAUUUUCAUUUUAAAUAGGAAAUAAAGAAGAUGGUUAGACCUCUACUUAUCCACCAGCAUUGCAGUGUGUUUACCUCCUUGUGUGAUGGUUGGAUGGGACCUGCAAAGUUGCUGAUUGGUAUCUUGGCCUAGGGAAACGGGCCAGCAUCCACCAAGAGGAUGAGAAUUUGCUCCUGUGCUCAUACAUGUCGGGUUUGCAAGUGACCAGGCCUUGGGGACUAACAGUUCACUAAAACACUCAGCUAACCAAAACAAAAUAGUAAUUUCUUAAAAUCAUGUCACAAAAAACAAAAGAAAAAAAAGGGAAAACAUAUGAAUCCCUGAAUAAACUUAUUUUAAGGAUGAAAUUACAUGUGUGAAUUAAGGGUAGAUAACUUCUUACCAGUUAACUAUAUGAAUCUUCAAUUCUUCUCAUCAGGAUAAAACUGAAGGACAAUGGAUGCCUUUUGGGUUUUUUAAUUUUUUAAUAUUGCACUUUACAGUACUACAUUAGAGACAAUUGUCCUGAUUAAAGCCAUAAAAUACCAAUAAUACAUAUAUUCAGGGCUUCUGAAUAUAGUCAAUCAAUAAGCAGUUCAUGAGUCAUUCCUGUUUUGUAUUGUUUGUUGUAAAUUAGAGUUUAUCUGUUCUAUUUUUAUUACUUAUAAUUAUUGUUCUAGGCAAUCCUAAUCUACUUAUAAAUUUUAGAGGUGUACUUUAAUAAAAACUGUUUGAAAAUCAAAGAAAUUAUUCCUUUCAUAAAAUCAUUCUUAAUUUUCAAAAUAGCUUAUUAUGGUUCCUUUAAAUAGCAAGUUCUGACACCACAUUGAAAAUAUUUCCUCUUAAAAGUAUAGGCUGUUUUUCAAGAAUCAAUUUGUUGUGUAAAGCAAGGUUCACCCAUAUGGAAAGCAAAAUGGAUAAUUAGCAAACAUAUACCUGAGAGAUUUAGGAUGUGUUUGAGUUUUUAUAUAAAUAUAGAAUGGGUCUAAGAAGUUCCCUUAUAAAAAUGGCAAACAGAGAUAUACAACUUGUUAAUAAUUUCUCUUGCUAAGUUAUUAACCCUCCUUGGGAAGACACGUAGAACAACAAACUUCAUUAAUAUAUUGGUGGUUUUUCUUCCCCUCUGCUAAAAUAAACAAUUUCUGACCUGGUAUGUUAGACUAUUUACACUCAUAUAUACAUAAAUGUCUACACAACUAAAAACUUUGAUGUUUCACCUCAUCACAACUCUUUACAUUAUUUGAGUGAAAACUAAAAUGAUGGCUAAGAGGCACUUCAUAGUCUAGAAAUAACCAUAACUGGGUAUUAAAUAGAAUAUCUCCAUUGGUUUUAUGCAUAAACAGCCAAUUUACCCUAAAGAAAGGGUACCUGGACCCAGAGCCAGUGAGGUUCCUCUGUGGAGUCUGUCUACGGUCUAAACUCUAAAGCAGCGUUUCUCAACCUGUGGGUCGCAACCCACAGGAACUGUAUUAAAGGGUCGUGGCAUUAGGAAGGUUGAGAACCACUGCAAAGAGUCUCUCCAAAGGGCAGAGCCUGCCCUUGCAGAAGAGGAAGGCCCUGUGGAGCCCUGCACACAGAAUGUGUAAACAUGCCCUCUGUGCAGUCUGGAUAUUUCUUGAUAUUUCUUCUGCUUAAGUUUGAAAAACCUCCAGAAGCAACAGCUUCCAUCUUCAAACAAUCCAUAGACUUAAAGAGCCAUCAAAAAUAAAAAUAGAAAAGCUACCUUCCUGGUUUAAUGAAGUUGCAGAUAGUGCUAAACUUUUGUUCUUUGCAUAUGGUUUAAACAGAGCAAAUGUUUCUCGCAUUGACUCCAACAUAGACAUUCGCUUGAUGACAUGUAAACUGUCUUUUAGACAGGGUACGUUAAAAAUAUCAGAAUGCCAUUUUUAUAAAGGAUCUUUUUAGGGAUUGAUGUGGUCUCAUGCUUCCUUUGUUUGCCUCCAUUUUAAAAAGAAGCAUUUUAACCCAUCUUUACCCUCUACGAGAAUCCAGUGGACGCUCUUCCAAAUGACUUUUGUUAUGUUGUAUGUGUUGCGUUUAUUAUGAGCAAUUUUCACUGGAUGAACGAUAUAUGGUGAUACUGUGUCAGUUUACUCUCUGUGAAUACGUCUGUACAUAGGCGGAAAGCUGUAUUUACUUGUACAUAGGCUGUUUGGAGUGUACACUUCAGUCACAAGGACUUCCCUCUGAUAAAGGGUGUUUCUUCAUGUUUCUCUGUCCACACCUCUAUGCUUCUACUAAUGAUAAUCAAUUCAUAGAAUAUCGCUUUAUGUAACUAAGUCUUCUCGGUGUGAAAAAUAACAGUAAUAAAAUUAUUGACUCAAGGAAA